AGCCCAGGGAAGCCUGAAGUUUUAAAGUGAGAACUUUCUUCUGGCAGGGCUUCAGAUUCGAGGGGGAUCCCGGGCUCUCCCGUCUCCUUCCCCCCUGGGCAGGCUGUACAAUCCUCGGCAGUGUCCUGAGACUGUAUGGUCAGCUCAGGGGCGACCUGGCCAGGAUUGCUUCAGCCUUUUCCUGCAGGACAACUGGUGCCCCAGCCGUGCUGUCAGCUGCGAGAGCGCGAGCCAUUCCCCGGCCUUCCCCCCUCCACGCCUGGGAUCUCUAGGCUGCCGGGUGCUUGUGUGGGCAGGGACGAUCGGCAAGCAGGACCCCCACAGCCGUGACCGAGGAGCCCUGGUUGGCAGCCCGAGUUGGUUUAAGCGGCACAACAAGCCUCAGUAAUGACAGCUGACAAGGACAAGAAAAGGAGCAGCUCAGAAAGGAGGAAGGAGAAAUCAAGAGAUGCAGCAAGGUGCAGAAGAAGCAAGGAGACUGAAGUAUUCUAUGAAUUAGCUCAUGAACUGCCCUUGCCCCACAGUGUUAGUUCACAUCUGGACAAGGCAUCCAUAAUGCGUCUGGCAAUCAGUUUCUUACGCACUCACAAACUGCUGUCCUCAGUAUGUGCUGACAAUGAGAGUGACCUAGAGACAGACCAGCAGAUAGACAACUUGUACCUGAAAGCUUUGGAGGGAUUUAUUGCUGUGGUGACACAGGAUGGAGACAUGAUCUUUUUGUCAGAAAACAUCAACAAAUACAUGGGCCUCACGCAGGUGGAAUUAACUGGACAUAGCAUAUUUGACUUUACCCACCCAUGUGACCAUGAGGAAAUUCGAGAGAAUCUGAGUUUGAAAACUGGUCCAGGCUUUGGAAAGAAAAGCAAAGAGAUAUCCACAGAGCGUGACUUCUUCAUGAGAAUGAAAUGCACUGUCACCAACAGAGGCAGAACUGUGAACCUCAAAUCUGCCACAUGGAAGGUCUUGCACUGCACUGGACAAGUUAAGGUGUAUAACACUUGCCCUCCUCACACACUGUGUGGGUAUAAGGAGCCUCUCCUCACCUGCCUUAUAAUAAUGUGUGAACCCAUUCAGCACCCGUCAAACAUGGAUAUCCCACUGGACAGCAAGACUUUCUUGAGUCGCCAUAGCAUGGACAUGAAAUUUACCUACUGUGAUGACAGAAUUACUGAAUUGAUUGGAUACCACCCAGAAGAGCUACUGGGCCGUUCUGCAUAUGAAUUCUAUCAUGCCUUGGACUCAGAAAAUAUGACUAAAAGCCAUCAGAACUUGUGUGCAAAAGGUCAAGUAGUAACUGGCCAGUACCGAAUGCUUGCAAAGCAUGGUGGAUACGUGUGGCUGGAGACGCAAGGAACUGUCAUUUACAAUACACGCAACCUACAACCUCAGUGUAUUGUCUGUGUCAACUAUGUACUGAGCGAAAUUGAGAAGAAUGACAUUGUAUUCUCAAUGGACCAGACGGAAUCUCUGUUUAAGCCUCACCUGCUGACAAUGAAUACUAUUUUUGAUAAUGGGGUCCCAGUGACUGAGAAGAGUGACUUCUUGUUCACAAAACUGAAGGAAGAACCGGAGGAGCUUGCUCAGUUGGCACCCACACCAGGCGAUGCCAUUAUUUCUCUGGAUUUUGGGACACAGACGUUUGAGGAAGCCUCUAUCUACAACAAGGCUGUUGUUUUGACUCUAAACAAACAGUGGCCAGUGGAAGUGAAGACCCAUACUCCCCAAGGUGAAAAGCUGACUAUGCCAUCAUUUACCGUGCCUCAAGUUGCACCAGGCAGUAGUACUCCAAGUGCAAGUAGCAACAGCAGCUGUUCAACGCCAAGCAGCCCAGAAGACUAUUACAGCUCCUUAGAGGAAGAUCUUAAGAUUGAGGUGAUUGAGAAGCUCUUUGCCAUGGACACAGAGUCAAAGAACCAGUGCAACUCCCAGACUGAUUUCAAUGAGCUGGAUCUUGAAACCCUGGCUCCUUACAUUCCCAUGGAUGGGGAAGAUUUCCAGCUGAGUCCAAUCUGCCAAGAAGAACGUCCUCUCCCUGAAAAUGCACAAAACACCCAGCAAAGUUUAAGUAGCAUGAGUACCAUUUUCCAGCCCCUUGCUCCUGCCUCUCAGAAUCAGUUCCUCUUGGAGAAAUACUGCCAACAGAUGUCAAAUAAAAAUAUGAACCCUGGUCGUGGACCUCUGUCAUCUGUGUCCUUCAACGCCACGAACAAGUCCUCCCUGUCACCAUACCAUGCGCGAGACAGCACCCCACUGGCAUCAAUGGUUGGAAGACCAAGCACCCAGUGGCCACCUGAUCCACCAGUACAGUAUGUUCCUGCUAAGUGGAGACUAAUGGAUAAAUACUGUGGGUCCUUAGCAAGUUCAUCAUCAGGGCCGCCAGUACACUCUCCCAACAUAUCGUUAUAUAAGAAAAGAUCACUGGACAGUUUUGAGCAACGGGGCAUAGAUAUAAACCCUGCAAGAAUUGCUCUUGCCAACAGUUUGAAACUGAAGCGACAGAUGGAUUAUGAAGAUCAAACAUUUCAACAGCUGAGUGGGGCGGAUUUGUCAAUGAUGAACCCAUCUCAUUUAAUGUGGAAAAGGAUGAAAAUUCUCAAAGGUGAAAAUUGUUCAUUGGUUACUGAAAAGAAGUCCCUCAGCACAAGUGUCCUUACUGACGAGUUUAUUCGUAACUCACAGAGAGGUCUGAGCCAACCAGUGAACCAACUGCAGCAGCGACAGCAGCAACCCUCCUGCGGAAGCCCUGGUGAUAAUCAGAAAGCAGCAUUCUCCCCUCAGUUUUACAGUUCCCAUUAUCAGAACUUCAAUGUUCAACCAACUCAUAAAAAGUCAGGUGUGACAAGUCGUCUGCUUGGGCAGUCUUAUGAACCCUAUUUGUUGCCUGAAUUGACCAGAUAUGACUGUGAGGUGAAUGUCCCUGUUUUGGGCAGUUCUACACUUCUGCAAGGAUGUGAUUUGCUCAGAGCUCUUGACCAGGCAACCUGAGUAACCUUGCACUAUUCCUUGGCCUAUACUGUUCAAAACAGCUUCAGUUUUUAAAUAUAUUUUUUCAAGUAGACAAUUUCUAAUACCCAAUACACUUUUACAAGAUUUUACUUAUGUAUUGAACUUGUCCACAUUACCAAAUAGUGGCCUUUUUGAAGUUACUCACUUUAUUAUUCUUAUUAAAAAUAUACAUCUACUGUAUUUUUCUCUAUUUCAAUAAAAGUGUUCUUUAGAAAAUUUAUAUU